UCAUUAGUGUCAUUGACCUGGUAUAGAGUGUCGGAGAACGUUGUGUAACUGCAAGAUUUACUAAAAGAAACAAAAACAAGGGACUCCGUUAGGCUUAAAUAUCAGUCAAAAUGUACGUCGUAUCGCAACUUGUUAAAGAAACUAUUCCUAAUUAUUUGGCUGGCUUGCCUAUUCCUGAUUCCAUCGGUGGCUGGUUUCGACUUGGAGUUCGCGACUGGCUGGCCCUGAUACCCCCGACAGCGGUCAUUGGCGGCGUGUCGUACUACUCGUACCUGACGAUCAAGAAGGCUCGCGAGAACGGCACCGUCAACCCGAGCAUCAGGAAGGACAUCCCCAAGGUCGUGGACUUUGUGGACAUCGAGGAUAUUACUGAGAAAGCCUCCUUCUGUCGGUGUUGGAGGAGUAAAAAUUGGCCGUACUGCGACGGUGCGCACGGGCAACACAACAAGGACACGGGCGACAAUGUCGGUCCCAUCGUCGUCAGGCACAAGGAGAAGAAGUAAACGACGCACGCGCCGAUAACAUCGCUAUACGGAGCACUUGCUAUGACGGCUGGUACUUUCUGCUGCCCUGGUACUAUGUCGGGUGGUACGGGUCAUUUUGGUACAGUCACGCGGCCUACGCGUAAUUCUGGUACUGUCAUGCGGCCUACGCGUAAUUCUGGUACUGUCAUGCGGCCUAUCCGUAAUUUUGGUACUAUUACGCGGUCCACGUGUAAUUUUGGUACGUAUGUGUAUAUUAUAGUAUAGUAGGUACUUUAUGUAACUAUAACUAUUUAAAUGCACUAUAAGAACUGUUGUUAAGUACUACUCCAGUCGGUACCAACCAAAUCAGUCGAAAUCUAAAUUGUGAGAAGCGGAUUAUUAUUACCAAGUCUUCUUUUAUUAUUCAGGGGUGGUGAAAUCGGUCAUUGACCUUACAAUCUAUACACGAUAGAAAAUUGAAUAACUACCAAUUAAAUAACUAACAUAAGACGAUACUAACUUUGAAGCAGUGGGAAGCAUUUCUUGCCAAGAACAAUUAUAAUUAUUAAGUUCUUAAUUGUAAUUAAUAAGAACCUACUUAAUGCCAUACCGGCCCGACUCCGGUCAAAUAGCGAUGUUGUUUACAGAAUCGGCACCCGGUACAGUGAUAUUGCAUGUGAUCUAUCACUAUAGAAUAAAAGUUAAUUACUUUUUUUGUAAAAAAAA